AUGUCAUGUGCCAGGGCAUGUUUCUCCUUCCAUAUCACCAUCACAACACCACCACACAAGAUGGGGGUUGUGUUUUUAUGGGUACAUUGUGAAGAAGUGGAGAAAGGGGCGUCAUUGAAUAUGAUUGAGGCCACGACUCACCACACACCAUGGCUCCACCUCAUCACUAUGUUGGAGGCGCGUUGGUGUACAUGCCUUGGUGAGCCCUUCUCUUCUGCAACAUACUCUCCCAACUUUGCCGCCGCUUUGUUCUUGCUCCACCGCAGCUAUCACAGGUAUUUGUACGCAAGGAACCCUAUAAUGACAACAUGUAUUCCACCAUCAUUAAUCCCUUUAGAAGCUCGAAACUCAAUGGGGGUACUAACUGUUUUUGGAGGGAGAGCAAGUUCCUUGAAGAUGAUUGAUGACAAACAUGCGUUUCCAAAUACUUCCCACAAGAUCGCUCAUGUCCCCCAAAUUCGAUGUUUGGCAAACUCUCACAAUAUCAAUCAGUUCAAACAACAAGAUCAGUUUCUGAAUUUGCAUCCAGAGGUUUCCAUGCUUAGAGGCGAGGGAAACAACACAGUGAUUAAGGAUAGCAGUUGGGUGGAAACGUUUACUGAGAUUUUGAGGAGAUUUUUUCAACAAGUCCAGGCUUCGGCGAUAAGGAUAUCAUGUGAGAAAUGUUGUUUCUUUUUCACUUUUGAAGAUUUUUCAUCAAGCAACUCUCAAAUUUACAUUACAAUUAACAAACUGAAGCGAGUAAAGACGACAACUUCAAGAUUAACGUUUAACACCCGCUUCGUUUUUAGCCCUUCUCUUCUGCAACAUACUCUCCCAACUUUGCCGCCGCUUUGUUCUUGCUCCACCGCAGCUAUCACAGGUAUUUGUACGCAAGGAACCCUAUAA